AUGUUCUUGAUACUUUCAUUGUGCAGCUGUGCAUGUUGGAAUGGCAGCUCAAACCAGGACCAAAACAAGGAAACGAAUGAGGCGUAUAUUGCACAACAUAAUCUGUACGAUAACAGUAGUAUAGAAGAGUUGUGUAACAGCUACCUUGGAGAAGCGGAUGUGGAUAAGCAAGAACGAAAUUCUGUGACUAAGCAACGUGAUUUAACUGGACACACUUCCACAGAAAGUAUACCCAGUUCGAUUGCUAAUGAUAUCCUAGAUAUGAUGCAAAUGUCUGAGUCACACGUUAAAAGUUACAUUCCACUCCUUUCCAAUGAUGCCGAAAAUUGCACUGGAUAUUCUGAUCGUACCAGCAGCCAUAAUCUUGAAGCUACCAGGUGUUUAAAGCGGAGAAGGGAGGAAAGAGUACAACCAAUGUUGAUACAGCAGAAAAACUCAGUAGGACCAACUGCUGGUGAUUAUACGGUAGUGUCACAAGCAAAAACAGCAACAAGCGUUUACGAGCCACAGAACAAGUAUCGAAGUGGAUCACUGCUACAAAGCCAGACAUUACAUCCCGAUCAAGUUCAACCACCACAUCUUGAGCCGAUCAAUUCACCAUACCCAAGUCGCGCUUCAUAUUCACAGUUUGAGACAACCAGUCCAUCACAUCUUGAACCAAUCGAUCUGCCCACUACUGAACAUUCAGCUGAUCCAAAAAAUGACACAGAAAUAAACUACGAUAUGGAUCCAGAGAUACAAAGAAUAAUGCAGUUUAUGCAAAAAGAUAAAAACUUUAACAAAGGAUUCUCGCCAUUAUUGGACACAUACAAAUAUGUUAUAACUGAUGAACAUCAAUCAGCCAGCGUGUAUCAACGAUAUAAUGGACCGAAAGAGAAGACAUGCACUCAGUUGAAUAUGAGGAACACGCUUGUUCAGAACUUUAGCUGGAAUAUCUAUGAACAUGCACACCAAGUUCAAGAUAUUAUGGAUGCUCGGCUACAGAGCUUUGGCUGUUUAUGUGGAUGGUUCGACGGACUUGAAAUGAUUACUAGACAAAAAUGUUUUAAGUCUCUCUUUAUGAUGGGAUACCAAGUAGAAGCAUUAUGUGAAAGCUAUAACAGAUUGAAAAGAGAAGUUUACAUUUUGUUAUGCACGUUUCAUAAUUUUGACUCCAAUAUCGCGGUGUUUAAUGCAGUGAUGGUUUUUACUUUCGAAAAAAUGCAUGGCAAUAACAACCAAAAACAUAAGAAUAUCAUUGCUGCAUUUAGUAGUACCAGAAUAGGCUUACGAACAAGGAUGUUGAUAAUAGCACGUUACAUCCUGUCCAUAGGGAAGGCAAUCAGUGUUCGAAUAGGAGUUUUAUCAGGAAGCAACGUUACAAAUGGAGCUUCAACGAGAGUGCAAAUGCCUAAAUGGCAACAAACAGAAGAAGUAGCAAACGAUGGAAGUGCCGGUACAAAUCAAGAAUGUGAGAUGUUUUACCGCAACAUAUUUAUAAAACCAGCUUAUGAUUUGAUGCAAGAAGUGAAAAGAGAGAAUGUUCGAUUGCAAGAAGCAACAAAUCAUCUUCUUAUGCUCCUGACAUAUGAUGAUGAUCCGACCACCUGA